AUGGCUUCUCAGUGUCACAGUAAAAGUGUGACCAAGUUAACUGUCACAUUGUCACAUCCAGUGUUCCUUCUCAGCCACAGCGUCACCCCUCAGCCUGUCACUUACCCCCCCAGCCACAGUGUCACCCUCAGCCGAUCACCCCUCAGCCACAGUGUCGCCCCUCAUCUACAGUGUCACCCCUCAGCCAGUGUUCCUUCUCAGCCACAGCGUCACCCCUCAGCCUGUCACCUACCCCUAGCCACAGUGUCACCCCUCAGCCAAUCACCCCUUAGCCACAGUGUCGCCCCUCAGCUACAGUGUCAACCCUCAGCCAGUGUUCCUUCUCAGCCACAGCGUCACCCCUCAGCCUGUCACCUACCCCCAGCCACAGUGUCACCCCUCAGCCAAUCACCCCUCAGCCAUAGUGUCGCCCCUCAGCUACAGUGUCACCCUCAGCCGAUCACCCCUCAGCCACAGUGUCGCCCCUCAGCUACAGUGUCAUCCCUCAGCCAGUGUUCCUUCUCAGCCACAGCGUCACCCCUCAGCCUGUCACCUACCCCUAGCCACAGUGUCACCCCUCAGCCAAUCACCCCUCAGCCACAGUGUCGCCCCUCAGCUACAGUGUCACCCCUCAGCCAGUGUUCCUUCUCAGCCACAGCGUCACCCCUCAGCCUGUCACCUACCCCUAGCCACAGUGUCACCCCUCAGCCAAUCACCCCUCAGCUACACUGUCACUCCUCAGCCGAUCACCCCUCAGCCACAGCGUCACCCCUCAGCCUGUCACCUACCCCCAGCCACAGUGUCACCCCUCAGCCAAUCACCCCUCAGCCACAGUGUCACCCCUCAGCCAAUCACCCCUCAGCCACAGUGUCACCCCUCAGCCGAUCAUCCCUCAGCCACAGUGUCACCCCUCAUCCACAGUUUUGCCCCUUAGGCACAAAGUCAUCCCUUAACCACAGUGUAGCCCAUUAG